CCCUGUCCCUUUGUUCCUCAGCAAUGGGUUAUAUACCAGGAUUAUAUAAUGCACCGCCUCCAUAUUGACUGCCAGUAGAGUGUGUAGCUCACUAGCGAGCAGUGUAGUGCCCAACUAGCAAAAAAAGCUUUCUCUAUAAAAGGACAGUAGACUUCUGUAGCUAACUGAAUUCCACACACAGCAUUCUUCACACAGCAGCAGCAGUGUUCUAAGUCAAGCCAUGCCACCAGUAAAGCUUGAGGUAUCAGAUGCGACCAUCACACCGUCUAGUGAUGCCAAGCCAAAGGAGCUCAAUAAGUGUAACCAGCUAGAGCUGAAGGGUCUGGAGUCUAUCGCCCCUCUGGUGCGGUCCGUGGAGGAGACCCCAGAGCCCAUCGCCACAGAGGUGUGUGGGACCAUCCCAACCUGGAUCCGAGGCAGCCUCCUCCGCAAUGGCCCAGGGAAGUUUGAGUUCGGAAACCAACACUACAACCACUGGUUUGAUGGGAUGGCCAUGCUGCACCAGUUUAAGAUUGAGGAUGGCAAGGUGACCUAUAGGAGUCGCUUCCUGCAGAGUGAUGCUUACAAGAAGAACAGCGAGAGGAACCGCAUCAUGGUGUCAGAGUUUGGCACAGUGGCCAUGCCCGACCCCUGCAAGAACUUCUUCCUGCGUUUCCUCUCUCGCUUCGAGAUGAUAGAGGCAACGGACAACGCCAGUGUUAGUUUUGUAAAGUACAAGGGAGACUGUUUUGUCAGCACUGAGACCAACUACAUGUACAGGGUGGACCCAGAGAGCCUGGAGACACAGAAUAAGGUGGAUUGGACAAAGUUUAUUGCUGUGAAUAUGGCCACUGCGCAUCCCCACACUGAACCAGACGGCACUACGUACAACAUGGGCAACUCAUAUGGCAGAAAAGGUGCCUUGUAUAACAUAAUCAAAGUGCCCCCUAUGAAGAACAACCCUGAGGAAACCCUGGAGGGGGCUAAAGUGCUGUGCUCUAUUGUCCCUGCAGACAAGGCCAGGCCCUCCUACUACCACAGCUUCGCAAUGUCGGAGAACUAUGUCGUGUUCAUAGAGCAGCCUAUCAAGAUGGACCUAAUGAAGAUUGUCACAGCUAAACUGAGGGGAAAGGGAAUCAGUGAGGGGGUCUACUGGGACCCCAAACAAGAUACUGUCUUUCACCUGGUAGACAAACACACGGGACAGACCAGCUCAGUAAAGUUCCACACCAAGGCUCUGUCAGUGUUCCACCAGAUCAAUGCUUAUGAGGAGGACGGCUUCCUGAUGCUGGACAUGUGUUGCUCUGAUAAUGGAGAGGCAAUCAACAACUACCUCAUCCAGAACCUACGCAAGUCAGGGGAGGCUCUCGAUCAGGUCUACAACACCAUGUACAGAGCGUUCCCCCGGCGCUUUGUUCUGCCCCUCAAUGUGACCAACGACACACCGACAGGUGUGAACCUCAACACACGUCCCGCCAGCUCUGCCACUUCUUUCAAAACAGCUAAAGAUAAGGUGGUGUGCCAGUUUGAGGAUCUCCAUGGAGAGGACCUUUAUGAGUACGGAGGCCUGGAGUUCCCCCAGAUCAACUACAGCAAGUUCAACACGCGGCCCUAUCGCUACUUCUACGGCUGUGGCUUUAGGCACCUGGUGGGAGACUCACUCCUCAAGAUUGACCUGGAGGGAAAGAAAGUCAAGGUGUGGUACCAGAAGGGUUUGUUUCCCUCAGAGCCUGUUUUCGUUCCCUCGCCGGACGCCGUGGAGGAGGACGAUGGGGUCAUCCUGUCCGUGGUGGUCACGCCCACUGAGGAUAAGAGUACAUUCCUCCUGGUUCUGAAUGCAAAGACAUGGGAGGAGCUGGGGAGAGCCGAGGUGCCUGUCAAUAUUCCCUACGGUUUCCAUGGUACCUUCAACCCCACUGCCUAGAUCAGCAUUACUGACCUAACAAUCACCCAAGCCUUCCUCCCUCCCUCCCUCAGAUUAUUUUGUGACCAAUAGAAAUUAAUGGUAAAUAAUGUAGUGUUUCAUGAUGGAGUCACUUUUAUUGUAAAUCAGAAUAUAAUAUGUUUCUAAUCACUUCUACGUUACAUGUUAAAAUGUGGAUGCUACCAUGAUUACAGAUAAUCCUGAAUAAAUUGUGAAUAAUGAUGAGUGAGAAAGUUAGAUGCAGAAAUAGCAUACCCCCCCCCCCCCCCCCCCCAAAAAAAAAUAUAACCUCCUCUGUUUUUGUAAUGGUGAGAGUCUUUUGUGUGUCUUUUGUGUGUCUGUAACUUUCUCACUUGUCAUUAUUUACGAAUCAUUCAGGAUUUUCCAUUUUCACGGUAGCAUCCACAAUAAUGUACAAUGGAAGUGUUUAGCAGCAUUCUAUUGUUAUUUCCAAUAAAAGUGACUCCAAAAUGACCAUACAUUAUUUACCAUUCAAGUCAAGGGGUCUGAAUACGCUGUAUACACACAUUUUAAAUAUACAUUUUACACACAUGGUACUUUUUUAUAGAGCAAUCACAUAUUAAUAAUAAUAAUAAUACAUUACCAAACACAAGCUCUUUAAUCACACAUGAAUUUUGAACCUUUAUCAUCGCAUAUUAUCCACAGAUUGUAAGCUAAAGAUGAAAACCUUUCCUAUGUUAAUACUUAUAUUAUUGAUUGAUUGACAAUGGCCUUCCUAAUUGCCCAACACUGCUCUUUGUAAGGUUAAUGUUAAGUCAAUGUUGCUACUGUACAUAGGGGCAAUACCAUAAUAAAUGAUCUCUUCGCAGAAAAAUCUACAGUGCUGAGAUUGUUGUAUGCCCUAAAUAUAUAGCAUGAAAUUGGUGGCAAGAAUUUUGUAUAAUAAUUUUAAUUGAAAAAGUCAGUCUUGAAUCAAAUUUAGUUUUUUGUAUCAGUUCAUAUAACAUGUUUCAUGGAAUCGGUACAUCGAAAAUCUCUUCCCAUUUAUUUUGCAACCUCUAUGGCGCAGGGUCAACAUUUUUGCCCUCAAAUGAAGCUGGUAUAUUUUUCUAUUUAUGCCAAUCAUUUUCUGCCAAUUUUGUAUCUUUAGUAUAUGGCAGACAAACAAGUUCCAAACAUUCCCCCUCUUCCCUUUGCCCUUGGUAAUGCUGCAAUCAAUUGGUUGUAACUUUGCAUUGAGCAGACAUUCCCAUAUAUUUUUGAUAGUGGAGU